AUGGUUAAUUCAAUAAUAUGUUAUGAAUGUACAGAUUGUCCUCAACCAUUUACUGAAAAUUAUCCUUAUGUUACUAUAACUAAUAAUACAAAUUUUCUUGCAAAAUGUACUACAACAGUUGUUAAUUUAAGUGAUGGUCGUCGUUUUGUAUCAAAAGGUUCAGUAUUUUUUUGUCCAACUCAAACAACACAAGCGGAUGUUAAAAUAUAUUGUUGUGAUCAUGAUUAUUGUAAUUUAAGUAUUCGUAUCGGUCCAUCGAUUCUUCUAUUCUUAUUUAUUUUUAUAAGAAUAUAUUUUAUCAAUAUACAAUACUAA